AUGGCCAACCUCUACUUCACCCACUCGAGCGCUCCGCUCAAGACAGUGGAAGAGAUUCAAUUCGGUUUGAUGUCCCCUGAGGAGAUCAAGAAUAUGAGUGUCUGCCACAUCGUUUACCCCGAGACAAUGGACGAGAACAAGACCAAGCCUCGUGAUGGUGGUCUCAACGACCUGCUUCUAGGCUCAAUCGAUAGAUCAUUCCGAUGCAAGACCUGCACACAAGCCAUGGGCGAGUGUCCCGGUCACUUUGGUCACAUCGAGCUGGCCAAGCCUGUCUACCAUCCUGGAUUUAUCAAGAAAGUCAAGAAGAUUCUGGAGAUUGUUUGCCACAACUGUAGCAAAGUGCUAGCCGAUACUAGAGAUCCCGAGUUCGUUGCAGCCAUCAACACUCGAGAUCCUAAAGUCCGAUUCCAUCGAGUUUGGGAAACUUGCAAGAAGAAGAAGCGAUGUGAAAACGACGAGCCGAAACAAAAAGACGACGAAUUCGCCGCGACGCUCAAGACUGGUCCCGUGGAAGGCCACGGUGGCUGUGGUAACGUUCAGCCCGCUGUUCGGCAAGGUGCUCUGCAACUCAAGGCCGCUUUCGAAAUUACAGUUGACGAAGAUGGCCACAAGACGAAGAAGAAGGAGACAACACCUAUCACACCCGAGACAGCUCACAGCAUCUUGAAAAGGAUUACUGAGGACGAUCUAGUCAACAUGGGCCUCAACUCGGAUUACGCUCGUCCUGAAUGGAUGGUUCUCACCGUCCUACCCGUACCACCACCUCCUGUUCGUCCCAGUAUUUCUAUGGACGGCACUGGAACUGGUAUGCGCAACGAAGAUGAUUUGACCUACAAGCUGGGUGAUAUCAUUCGCGCCAACGGAAACGUGAAGCAGGCUAUCCGCGAGGGAUCGCCCCAGCACAUUGCUCGAGAUUUUGAGGAGCUACUGCAAUACCACGUUGCCACAUAUAUGGAUAACGAUAUUGCUGGCCAACCUCGUGCUCUGCAAAAGAGCGGUCGACCCGUCAAGGCUAUUCGAGCCCGUCUAAAGGGUAAGGAAGGCCGUCUCCGAGGUAACUUGAUGGGUAAGCGUGUCGAUUUUUCUGCACGUACUGUCAUUACUGGUGAUGCCAACCUUUCUCUCCACGAGGUCGGUGUGCCUCGCAGCAUUGCCAGGACUCUCACUUAUCCCGAGACGGUCACUCCUUACAACAUUGAGAAGCUGCACCAACUGGUCGAGAACGGACCCAACGAACACCCCGGUGCCCAGUACGUUGUUCGACCGGAUGGUUCUCGAAUUGACUUACGACACCACCGACGUGCUGGAGCUAUCUCACUGGAGUAUGGAUGGAAGGUAGAGCGUCAUCUGAUGACUGGUGAUUACAUCAUCUUCAACCGUCAACCGUCUUUGCACAAGGAGUCUAUGAUGGGUCAUCGUGUCCGUGUUAUGCCUUACUCCACAUUCCGUCUCAACCUGUCUGUCACUUCCCCCUACAACGCCGAUUUCGAUGGUGACGAGAUGAACCUUCACGUCCCGCAGAGUGAAGAGACACGUGCCGAAGUCAAGGAGCUUUGUCUAGUCCCUCUCAACAUCGUGUCUCCUCAGAAGAACGGUCCCCUUAUGGGUAUCGUUCAGGACUCUCUCGCUGGAGCAUACAAGCUGUGUCGUCGAGAUGUUUUCCUCACCAAGGAGCAGAUCAUGAACUGUAUGCUCUGGGUCCCUAAUUGGGAUGGUGUUAUUCCUCAGCCAGCUAUUUACAAGCCCCGACCUCGCUGGACUGGUAAGCAGCUCAUCAGUAUGGUUAUCCCCAAGGAGGUUAGCCUUUUCAAUGGUACCGACUCUGGCGAAAGUGCCCCUCUUAAGGACGAGGGCCUUUUGAUUCAGGCUGGUCAAUUGAUGUAUGGUCUUCUUACCAAGAAGAGUGUUGGUGCUUCUGCUGGCGGUAUUGUGCAUAUCAGCUACAAUGAAUUGGGACCUGAGGGUGCCAUGGCUUUCCUGAACGGAGUGCAGCAAGUUGUCACUUACUGGCUUCUGCAAAACGGUCACAGUAUCGGUAUCGGUGACACGAUUCCCGAUGCGGCGACAAUUGCCAAGGUUCAGGUGCACAUCGACGAGGAGAAGGCCGAGGUCGCCCGCUUGACGGCGAUGGCUACUGCCAACGAGCUUGAGGCUCUGCCAGGUAUGAACGUCCGAGCGACUUUCGAAAACAAGGUCUCUAUGGCUCUCAACCAGGCCCGUGACAAGGCUGGUACCACAACACAGAAGAGUUUGAAGGAUUCCAACAACGCCGUCACAAUGGCCUCUUCAGGUUCCAAGGGUUCGUCUAUCAACAUUUCACAGAUGACUGCGCUUGUCGGUCAGCAAAUUGUCGAAGGAAAGCGCAUUCCUUUCGGUUUCAAGUACCGUACUCUGCCUCACUUCACCAAGGAUGAUUACUCUCCCGAAGCUCGUGGUUUCGUCGAGAACUCUUACCUUCGUGGCCUGACCCCUAGCGAGUUUUUCUUCCACGCCAUGGCUGGUCGAGAAGGUCUUAUUGAUACUGCGGUCAAGACUGCUGAAACUGGUUACAUUCAGCGACGAUUGGUCAAGGCUCUUGAGGACCUUUCUGCACGCUACGAUGGUACUGUUCGCAACUCUCUAGGCGACAUUGUUCAAUUCCUUUACGGCGAGGACGGUCUUGAUGCUAUGAUCAUCGAGAAGCAGAAGCUGGGAAUUCUGAACAUGUCAAAUACUGCUUUCGAGAAGAAGUACAGGUUGGAUCUUGCCAACCCCCCCGAUUGGUUCAAGCAUGAUUACGAAUUUGGCAACGAGUUGACUGGUGACAGGCCUUCCAUGGCCCUCCUUGAUGAGGAAUGGGAGAGACUGGUGCAUGAUCGCACCCGGAUCCGAGACAUCAACAGGUCGAAGGGCAAUGAGGAAAUGAUGCAGCUACCAUUGAACAUUACUCGCAUCAUCGAGUCAGCGAAGCGUGUUUUCAAUGUGAAGGCCAACGACCGAAGCAACUUGCGACCUUCCGAUGUUAUCCCAGCAGUGCAGAACAUGUUGGAAAACAUGAAGAUUGUCCGUGGAACCGACCCAAUCUCGUUGGAGGCUGACGCGAACGCCUCCAUUCUCUUCAAGGGACUGUUGCGUUCUCGACUUGCUUUCAAGGAAGUCGUCAAGGAGCACCGACUGAACAGAUUGGCUUUCGACCAUAUUCUGGGUGAACUGCAGAACAGAUGGGAUCGUGCUUUUGUUAACCCUGGCGAAAUGGUUGGUGUUUUGGCUGCCCAGUCCAUUGGUGAGCCUGCCACUCAGAUGACACUGAACACUUUCCAUUUCGCUGGUGUGUCUUCUAAGAACGUCACCCUGGGUGUGCCUCGUCUCAAGGAAAUUCUCAACUUGGCCAAGAACAUUAAGACUCCCAGUAUGGCGGUGUACCUCAACACGCCUCUUGCGAAGCAGGAACAAGCCAAAAAGCUGCGAAGUAUGGUCGAAUACACCAACCUCCGCUCUGUUACUUCAGUCACUGAGAUCUACUAUGAUCCCAACAUUACUGAGACAAAUAUUCCUGAGGAUUUGGAUAUGGUCGAGUCUUAUUACAUGAUUCCCGAUGAAAGCGUUGAUCCCACUGCAAACCAGUCGCGAUGGCUUCUACGUAUUACUCUCGACCGACAGAAGCUCCUUGACAAGGAGAUCAAGAUUGACGAUGUUGCUCAACGCAUCAAAGAGGAGUACCCCACUGAUCUGGCGGUCAUCUUCAGUGACAACAACGCUGAUGAGCAAGUUAUCCGUAUCCGAACCAUUCAUACUGGCGAUAAGGAUGAUGAUGGCGACGGUGGCCGAAUGGAAGACGACGUCAUGCUAAAGCGCUUGGAAGCCCAUCUUUUGGACACGCUUACUCUCCGUGGUGUCCCUGGUAUUGAGCGUGCUUUCUUGACAAAGGGAACCAGACUUACCGAAGACAAAGACGGAGCGUUGCUCGCCAUCAAGGACGACCCUCGUUGCACACAAUGGUACUUGGAUACCAGUGGUACUGCUCUCCGCGAAGUGUUGGCUGUGGAUGGUGUUGAUGCGUCUCGAACAUAUACCAACGAUCUUUAUCAGAUUGUAGAGGUGUUUGGUAUCGAAGCUGCUCGUUCGGCUCUGGCAAAGGAGUUGACCAACGUGUUGGCCUUUGAUGGUUCUUACGUCAACCAUCGACAUAUCGCUCUUCUUGUGGACGUGAUGACGUACAGAGGUAUCAUCUCUGCCGUCACCCGUCACGGAAUCAACCGAGCUGAUACUGGUGCUCUGAUGCGUUGUUCGUUCGAGGAAACGGUGGAAAUCCUGCUUGAAGCUGCGGCGACAGGUGAAUUGGAUGACUGCCGCGGUAUCUCUGAAAACGUCAUGCUUGGACAGAUGGCCCCAAUGGGCACUGGUAACUUUGACGUUCUCUUGGAUCCCAAGAUGCUCGAGACUGUUAUCUCGGACAACUCUCGCAUGGGCUUGAUGGCAGGCAUGCCUACGAAGAGCGGAGAUAUUGAGGGAGCUGCUACUCCUUACGAUACUGGUUCUCCUAUGGCGGAUUCAGGUUACCUGAGCAUGAGCUCUCCUGCUGCCGGAAACUUCUCUCCUAUCCAGGGAGCCGGAUCGGACACGCCUGCUGGCUUCGAUACCGUAUAUGGUGGCGGUAGCGUUGGCUUUGGCGGUACCGCUCCUAUGAGCCCGUACAACCGUGGAGCUGCCAGUCCCUUCAGUAGCACUUCGCCGACGUCACCAUUCAGUUACUCACCGACGUCGCCUAACAUGGGAUACUCGCCCACUUCACCUCUCAUCGAUGGUGGUGGCAUAGGUCGAUAUGGACCGACAUCACCGUCUUUCAGCCCGUCUUCGCCAUCAUUCUCGCCCACUUCGCCCAUGUUGCGGCCUACCAGCCCAGCCAGCCCCAGCUACAGCCCGACGUCGCCAAGCUACUCUCCUACUUCGCCGUCGUCUCCUCGCCACUACUCGCCUACAUCCCCGGCGCAGUUCAACUCUCCCACUUCUCCCAGCUACUCGCCAGCCAGCCCCAACUACAGCCCGACGUCGCCCAACGUGCAUGGUGCUGGCCCAACCUCUCCAUCUUACUCCCCGGCAUCUCCCUCUUGGUCCCCGACAUCUCCUGAAGCUUACUCGCCAACGAGUCCAACCUUCCAGAGGAGUCCUACGACCCAGCAGUCGCCUACCAGCCCAAGCUACUCCCCUACAUCGCCUGCUUUCUCUCCCCGCACGCCGGGCCCGGGAACGUCUGGAAACCAAUACUCUCCUAACUCGCCCUCAAACGAUUAA